ACUCCAACAACCACCAUUAUUAGCACCAAACAUGUCAAGACCAGAACACACAGCACCACCAGAAAUAUUCUACAAUGAGACUGAAGCCUCAAAAUAUACAAACAACUCACGAAUAGUCUCCAUUCAAAAUGAAAUGUCUUACCGAGCGCUCGAGCUGCUGGCUCUUCCAGAAGGAGAGCCAGCGUUUGUACUGGAUAUUGGUUGUGGGUCUGGUUUGAGUGGAGAGGUUUUGGAUGAAGAAGGCCAUUUUUGGGUCGGUCUGGAUAUCAGCGAUUCCAUGCUGGAGGUGGCCAAAGAGCGGGAAGUGGACGGAGACCUGUUUCUGCAAGAUAUUGGUCAAGGAUUGGGAUAUCGACCUGGAACAUUUGAUGGAGCAAUCAGUAUAUCCGUUCUACAAUGGCUCUGCAAUGCGGACAAGACCGUCAAUAACCCCCGUGCUCGCCUGAAGCGUUUCUUUAGCACCCUCUAUUCAGCCCUAGCUCGUGGUGCGAGAGCGAUAUUUCAGUUCUACCCAGAAAAUCCUGACCAGAUCGAAAUGAUCAUAUCCAGCGCCAUGCGUGCCGGUUUCACAGGUGGACUGGUGGUCGAUUUUCCCAACUCUGCCAAAGCAAAAAAAUACUAUUUGUGCCUAUUUGCCGGAUUCAAAGACAAUGCUGGUUCUAGUCCCGCAUUGCCCAAAGCCCUCGGAGAGGGCGAUGAGACACCUGGACAUAUCACAUAUGGUUCAAAUAGGAUACGGGAGCGGCGAAAAGGAAAAGAGCAGCGAAAACCGGUCAAGGAUAAAAACUGGGUCUUGCGCAAGAAGGAACUCAACAGGACAAGAGGGAAGGAAGUGCCAGCGGACUCCAAAUACACAGCACGUAAAAGAAAAAUCAAAUUUUGAUGUAUUUUUUAAGAAUAAGUAUUAUUUAUGAUUAGGCA